AUGAGCAUAUUGGAGUUUCCGCCGCCUGCUUCUCCAUCUCCGGCGUCUUCUACGCGGUCGUUGGCUUCUUCGUCUCCGGCGAGUUUAUCAUCGUCGAUGAGGCUAUGGAGACCAGCUGCUCAACGGAAUCUUCGUAACCAGUGGUCAAAGCUCUCGACUUGUAGGCAACAAUGGAUCGCCGCUUGUUCUAGCGGAAGAUCUCACGCUACUUCAGUCGUCAAUUCGUAUAUGCCAAUGAUGGAGUUUGGUGUGUUGAGUGACAUGUUUGAUAUCAAGAACAAAGCAUUGAAGAAACUGUUUAAGCAACAGAGUUCCAAUCGAAUCAAGCUUUUAUCGUCGUACAAGGAAAUGGUAGCUGUUGUUGCUGAGAUGGUGAAUGCAAGUAGAUCUUUGAGAUGUUAUAUGAAGCCGAGUAACGGGUCACUUAUACAAUUCUCUGGUUCUAAGGAAGAUGCAAAUGAUGCUGGAGAUUGCGGUGGCGUCCCUGUGUUUAAUUUUUUGAAUGUCUCUGCUUUUGAGAAGAUGGCCGACGAGUUUGUGGAUAUGUUCAAACGCGAAGUCAUGCUGAAGAGAUUGCUCAUAAUGGAACUGGUCUCUUUAAGCUCUGAAGUUCCUCAACCGGUCAAGCUCAGUUGGUCAGUUGAGCUUUACAAUGGGGAAUUUGAUGAUCUUACCAAAUGUUUUUUAUAUUCCAUGGAAGUAUCUGAGCCAAUUCUGCCCAGAGUGAAAGAAGAUAAUCUUGGUAUUUCUUCUAUACCACAUACCAACCAGCCAACCGCAGAAAUUUUGCAGAUUUACUUGACAACUUGGCUUGCUCAGGUAAACAUUGACAUUCGUAGAGUGGAUGAGAUAUUAGCAUUGGUCGGGGAAGAAAUUAGAGUCACUUUGUAA